GACACCAAUGGCUUUGUCAACGUGUUGGAUGAACUCAGAUAUAAGACUUUUUUCCAAAUAUAAUGCCAGUUUUUUUUCUGGCUAACAUUGCUAAGUCUUGUAUGUGAUCUGGGGAUUUGCGCACGUGUGUGAGAUAUAUUUUUUUAUUAGCUCUAGAAAAAUAUUUGCUUUGUCUCUAGACCCAUAUUUUGGGACAUCUUGAAGAUUGUAAUAUUAAAAAAAUGAGCACAUAUUCAGUUGUCCUAGUUAGUUAAACAAUCAACACCAGACCUUUCAGGGUGUUAGACUGUCAGGGAUCUUCUGUGUAAGCAAUAUUUUAACAAGGGGCACCCACAUUUUUUCUGUGUCUUAGUCUGUGAUAAAUCCCUGAUUAGGGCUAUGUGUGAUCACAAAGACUAUGGACACUGCGUUCUCUUUGCUUGUUUUUCCCAUUUAUGCUUUUAUAACCAUAACAAAAGGAGGCAACAACUCUUAGCUAAUAAGCUUAUUAAGCUGCACUUUUUCUAGAGGUUUUUAUACUUUGCUGGGCAAAAUUAUAGUGAGAAUACUAAACAUACAGCUGGCUGGAAAAUGAAAGGGGGGAGUCUGGUUUUUCUCCCAACAUCUUUACAUUUUCCAUUCAGGUCUAACUAGCAAUAUAUAUAGCCCACUGCUUAUCAUGUGGCAUAUGACGUAAGGUCUGUGUGUGUCUUUUGAGAAGGAUGUCAGUUUUGGGGAUCUGUAUCUCUGGGAAAUUAAUUGAAAAUACAUGACAUUUAGUGUAGUCAAAAGCAAAAAUGCCUCUGCAAAAGUAUUUUUAUGAGAGCUAGUUAUAAGUAAUCUCUGCCAGAGAUUUGUAGUAGUAUCCAGAAAGGGCUGAUUUCAUCUCAUUUCCUUCACUUCAGUUUGCUGACAACAGUUUGAGGGACUCUUCCAGUACAACUCAUAAUUUAAUAAUUACGUCUGAUUCCGCUGACUUUUGUGGAGAAAGAAAAAGUAGAUUUGUUUAAGACUUAAAUGAAUUAAUGCAAUGUAUGUCAGACCACAGUAUCACUUCUCAGCCUGUACAAAGUCUGACUUGGGCCAUUAGAAGUGAGGACUGUGAUGUGAGUGCUGCAGAUACCAAGCCAGUGCAUAGGAAGUGGGGGCUGAUUGAAAGUACCCAGUUUUAAAUAAAUAUUUCUGAAUAUACCUCAAGCAAUUAAUUAUUUACUGCUUUUAAGGUAUGAAACUGUUAAUUUGACAUAAUGUGCUAAAUUUUCAGCAUGGAUCUAACUACCCACAAAAUGUGUGGAUGCGAAGGGAGAGAAUCUGUAUGUGCGAGUAUAUCUUACUGCCUCUUCUUAUCUAAAGAGAGGAUUUUUACAUGUACAAAUGGAUGGGCCCACACAUUCAGUGGGCCUCUUUUUACUGGCCUGCUGAAAAUUUGGUUUGAUGAGUAUUUGUGGCCUGCUUGUGUACCUGAUGUAACUCUUCAUGAGAGAACUAAAACCUGCUGUUAUGGGCAGAUUCCAUGAUAGGCCACCAGUAGUUUCCAUUAGAGAUGUAUUAUUUUAAAUACAGCCCUUCUGGAGUUCAGUAGUCCCUGUCCUGGAGGUGGACAUUCAGACAGAUCUGCAAUUGUCCUAGCUGUGAACCACACAUUUCUUCAAUCCUUUCUGGGGUUGUAAGUUUCACUUUACGAGGGGAGAGUACCUAUGCUGACGUGGUCUAACGUGCAUCAGUAUCUUUUUCUUUCCCCGCCCUUAGCUGAAGUCAUGUUUGCAGGCUCCUGCGCAGACCCUCCCGCUGCUUACACAGAACUACUCAAAUCCAAACCAGGCUUCUGCAUGCGGACUACAUCUCCCAGAACCCCUUGCGAUGUCAGCCCAGGCAGCCUCCCCUCCCAGCUGGCUGCUAUCGGAAGCAGUCCGUCCAGCACCCUCAGGAGCGGGCGCUUCCCAGAGAUGCCUCUGCUGAUUAACGGGGAUCGGAUCGACCUGGCCCAGCCGCCGGGGGAGGUGAUCCGCACCUACCCGCACCUGGAGGAGAAAGCAAGAGUUCUAAGAGGCCAACCUGCUCAAACAGUGGGACCCAAAGGACUUCUGUACAUCCAGCAAAGAGAGUUUGCAGUGACCACCCCUAAAGAUGGUUCCGUGUCCAUCCUUGGAUCUGAUGAUGCAACUACCUGCCACUUAGUGGUGCUCAGACACACAGGGAGUGGGGCUACCUGCCUGACGCACUGUGAUGGAUCCAACACACAAGCCGAGGUGUCGCUGAUUAUGAGUGCAGUAAAAUCUUUCUCUAAUGACACAGAAUGCGGAAGGCUGGAAGUUCACCUAGUUGGAGGUUUCAAUGAUGAUAGGCAGUUAUCACAAAAACUUACUAAUCAGCUUCUUAGAACGUUUGAUCUCCAGCAAGAUGAUGUCCAUUUAGUGACUUUCUGUGUGACAGAAUUAAAUGAUAGGGAGGAAAAGGACAAUCAUUUUCCAAUCAUUUAUGGAAUAGCUGUGAAUGUUAAAACAGCAGAGAUUUUCCAUGCAACUUUUCCAGAUAAGGGACCAGAUGAGGAUUUGCGUUCAGCUCGUAUGUUAACAGGAGCACCAAUGACUAAUAUUUAUGAUGCAAAGACAGAGCAACUCCACAUUGGACCUUACUUCUGGAUGCCUUUCCCAUACGUGGACUUGUGGUUGGAGCAAGAUGAUAAACAGAUAUUACAGAAUCUUUCCACAUCGCCUCUGGCUGAACCACCGCACUUUGUUUCCCACCUUAGAUCCACAUUGCUAUUUUUAAAAGAGCAUCCCUUUCCCGCUGACUCCCUGUUUCCUAACAGGAAACCUCGACUUUAUAAAAAGACUGAAGAAGGUUUAUGGGAGAGAGUCUGUUUGGAAACGAUUUAACGUUGAGGCAAACACUGGAGGAUGCACUUUGGGAAAGCACUGCCUUGCCAAAAGUGUGGCCACUUCGCUGCAAAGAGCAUCUUUCUGAAUCCAUGUUGGCCAAAUCCCCUGCUGUCCUUGAUCAGACUAGCCUUGUUUAAUGCUUUUCAAAGUAAUAUUUUUGGCAGCGGUGCAUUUGUUUGCACUGUUACUUACAUAAGUCCGUAUUUUCUUUUUUACAGAUUGGUCCUUAAAAUUGUGCCCUUCCCCCAUUUUUACUUUUGGUGCUAAUCUGUUGUAUAUUAAGGUCUUCUGCAAAAUCUAUCUAGAGAGAGAUAAUAUGCAGUUGCCCUUUCAAGAGUGCUUUUUUGAGCUGGGCCUAGGUGUCCCUUUAAAUACAAUUUGAAGUAUAAUGUGUAUACUAAC